AGGAAAGGUAUGACCUUAUUUCGGUCAGCGCUGACGUGACAGUUGAUUUGUUUGAUUAAAAUAAAUAUAAGAAAUUAGAUAAAUAGGUAUUCAAUUAAAGAUAAAUCAAUCAAUCAAAGAAGGCGCCAGAAAUCAGAGCUUCAAACGCCAUCGAGGAAAUCAGCCAAAAGGAGCGCAGCGUCGGAGGCCAAGAGGUGAAAUUGGGAGUGAAAUUUCGUGGUUUUGGAAGCUGCAGAAGCGCCCUCCCCCCACGGCAGCCCCCUAGGCAACUACAGCACCCCCCCACAAGAUGCUGUGUAUACAAUAUUAGCGAUUAUUGAAAGCACACGCACAUACAGCACCUGGCGAAACGUUGUUGGCAGGAGGAGAAGAAGGCGGAGAAAAGCAGGAGGCGGCGGAACAGGCGGAGAAGGUGGCAGAGAAAGAAGCAGACCAGCCGAGAAGCAGGCAGAGCGGUAGCGGCAGUGGCGCAGCGCAUGUGCCGGCAUCCGAAAAACACUAUUUAACAUUUAAGCUUUUGUAAACAAUUGGCUGGACCGGCGACCAAGGUCAAAUACACAACGAAAGUUGGCGAUUGGUUCUGUUGAGUUAUAGUCGAGUGCCCGCCAGUAUUCCUGUGCAGUUUGCAAUGGCAGCAACUAAAGAGGAGGAGACGGAAAGCUCGCACUCCCAGCUGUUGUCCAACGGAAACCCUACCACAAAUGGGAUUCAGAAGAGAGCCGGAAAGGUGGAAGCAGAAGCGGCACAAGCGGAUGGAGCAGAUGGAAGAUCCCAAGGAGUAUAUGCAGGUUUAGGCAUAGAUUCAAAAGGACCUCCCACAACCGGAACCUUUAUGAAAUUGAAAACCUAUCUCCUAGCUCUGCGUCCCUGGUCGCUGUCAGCUAGUUUGGUGCCCACGCUCCUCGGAUCGGCACUCGCCUACCGGUCCCAGUGGUCGGCGGAGUUCUCGUUGGCCACCUUCUUCCUCACCGCCUUUACAGUCGUCACAGUCCACUGCGCCGGCAAUGUGGUUAACACCUACUUCGACUUCAUCAAGGGCAUUGACAAGCAAAAAGCCGACGACCGCACCCUGGUGGAUCACAUUCUUACCAAGGAUGAGGUGGUGUCACUGGGUGCCAUUCUCUAUAUGGCCGGUUGCGGUGGAUUCGUUCUGCUGGCGGUGCUCAGUCCAGCGAAAAUGGAACACCUGGCGCUGAUCUACUUCGGCGGACUAUCUUCGAGCUUUCUGUACACUGGCGGCAUUGGUUUCAAGUAUAUCGCCCUGGGCGAUCUGGUGAUCCUGGUACUGUUCGGACCCAUUUCAGUGCUUUUUGCUUUUAUGUCGCAAACGGGCCAUGUUGACUGGACGACGAUGGGCUAUGCCAUCCCGUUGGCCCUCAACACGGAGGCCAUAUUGCACAGCAAUAACACACGAGAUGCGGAAAACGAUCGACGAGCCGGAAUCGUAACGCUGGCCAUUUUGAUAGGACGCACUGCCUCGCACGUUUUAUACGCCAUGCUGCUAUUUGCACCCUACUCGCUGUUCUUCAUCUUCGGGUUGAAGUACUCUCUGUGGUUCCUGCUGCCACUGGUCACCCUGCCGCAGGCAUUUCAAAUCGAAAAGCGAUUCCGGAACGAGCAGACAAUGCACCUGGUGCCUCGGCAAACAGCCAAGCUGAACUUUUUCUUCGGCAUCCUAUACAUUGUGGCCUGCUGUUGUGCAACCCAGUUGCCCACGUUUGGAUUUAGGAAACAUUGAAUCGCUGGCCAAACAGAGGCAAAGUAAUCAGAGAAUCGGAGAAGAAACUGCUGCAACGUUUUUAGGGAAUUUCAUUAGUUUUUAGUCAGUGUGUCAGCGUGUGUAGCGAGAUUCUGCAGUCCUUGUCAAUUUUCCCACAAGUUGCACAAUUUUCUAAUGCCUGCUAGUCGCCCGUUAGUGUCUGAAUCUUUGAACUGAACAUAUCCUAGCCCCUGUAGGAGGGCCAUUCUUCUGACAAAGGAUCUAUGGAGGAAAGAUAAGCCAUUUUGUAAUGGAGUUUAAUCAAGAUUACUAUUUAUUUUCAACUUUGAGAUGAUUUUAAAUCAAAACGUAUUGUGCUUCCAUGACAAAAUGUCUUAUAGUUGUCCAAAGAUCAUACUCCCCCCAUACUCCCUUUUUAUUUAUUGUAUCCAUCGUCACAACAAUCUCUAAUCUUAAUCCAAUCGUAAUCAAUAAUCAUACUCUUCCUCUCGCGCGUUGCGAAUUACGGACCAAGAAUGUGUUAAAUAACCGGUAAUAGCUAAUGCAGACCCAAAUUCAAUAUAUAGUAUAUAUAUAUUCCAACAAAAAUAUAUAUAUCAUACGUUAUCCCACAUUCAUUAGGGUGCAAUUACUUAAGUUUUCGCGAAUCAAAAUGCAGAUUUACUUUAUAUAUAUAUAUAUAGAAGUGCUUUGAAAGUUUUUAUUUGGCAAUAAGCUGGCUUGCUUUUUGUGUAAUGAUUGUUAGAGUUUUUACAUAAAAUAUAUAUAUACACAUACAUAUAUGCAUAAAUACAUAUAUUUAUAUACACAUCUAGAUCAUGUAAGCCCAGUGGCCGGUUCAAGAGUGAGAAUAUCAAACAGAACACAAAUUUAAAUUUUUAAAAAAAAUGAGGAAUUACUACGUAUAUAGGUAGAGACGAUGUCAAGGAUCAGAAGGAGCCAACCAAUUGUUUUCCAUUAAAAAAAAAAAAUAGCAUAUAUGCAUAUAAACAAAUAGCUUUAAAAUAACAACAAGAGAUGGAGGAGGAGACAAGGCCCAUUUGCAUUCAAAAUCCAUUUGUAAU